CGGCGAUUCAUUUAUGUAUUUUGUGAUUGUGCGGAUCUGCGUGAUACACUUUCUACUAGUAAGCCAAUCACUUCAUAAACUUGUACCUGCUUUCCCAAGCACGUACGAAUAUUCCGCCUGAGACUUUUAGCAUAGCAAUUCUUGCAUACCCACAUUGCUUGUUUAUAACACAGUGACACGUUAAUUAGCUUCCUGAUAAAGCCGUCCUAUUCAGAAACUUGCUAUUCCACUAGCAAAUCUGCGUGAUUACAUAUUGGAAACCUUUUACCUGCUUGAAACAAGCGAACGAUAGGUCUUAUCAUUGACAAUAUAGCUUUGCUGUUGCGCAAUUGGCAAGGAAGGGCGGUUGAGAACGCUAAAUAAACUGCAAGGAGGUGGCGCCAGCGAUAUAGUAAAAACAAGAAGUCGGAUCAAAUAAGACAGGUUUUCCUAGCAUCGUAUUGGUGUCUCCCCAAAUCCCAGAAGGUCGGAAUUAAAUGCAUCAGUGGAAAAUUUUAUGGGCUUGCUGUUUGACCCCAUCAGAUAAAUACGCUGUUGCCGCUGUCAGUAAUUGCGGCAUGUAUGACACUUACGGUGUUACUUUACACCUUGUAUACUUUUUCUUCUAUGUAGCAAAAGAAUACAACGAUACAUCAGUAAAUACGUCAUAGCAGACUAGUAUUAUCAUGCAUAAUGUUCAGGUUUUGACGACUGGCUCCAACACCAAACUACAUGUCAGAACUGCCAGCAAAGCGGCUGUCGCACAUCUUGCACUCGUAUUGUCCGCGUUCACCAACGAGGUUCACAGGCUGUCUCUAGGCCACCAACCUUUCAAGUACCAAGUACUAUACACUUUCCCAGCGUUAUGACUAAAAUUAAGCUUUUCCCACAGUAUAAAUGUUUUACCAUUACGACAAGAAAAUUCUAUCUUUCUCAUUGUAUGUGGCUUGUACCCCACGUGCCCCACCGAUCCUCUCUUUUCACAGUACGGCCACUUCAAAUUCGUCCCUAGUACUCAUAACAAAACUUUAUCUUGGUCAUUCAAUAUUAUUUCUGAUCUUUGCUCCAGAACCGGUGGAAUCCAGAGUAAUGUGUGUACGCCAAAAUACGAUACGUAUCCCGCAACCACCCCAUCAAAACCGAAACCACACUGGGGUCUUAGACAUAAAGUCUUGUUCCGAGGCAGCGUACUGUCAGUGAAAGAGCAGCAAGUGCAGGCCAAAUUCUCCUUUAACUACGAUAGUGUUUUUUACAAAGAUCCAUCACACGGGGUUUUCUGUUUUAUCUGUUACUUUAGAAGCAUGGCUCGAUCAGACUUCAAGACCGCUGACAGACGUCCUGAAGGCAUAAAACGUUACGAAGGCAAAAUGCUCGAUAAUGAAAAUAGCCAAAAUGAUAUACAGACUCCAGACACACCACUUAAGCUUUCUUAGAAAACGACACGAUCAUUG